UUCAGAUUUUUUUUUUCUUUGGCCACCAACAUAUUCUCUCUCAUUCUCUCUGUUUUUCCUUCUUUCUUUCGUCGUUUCUCUUCAAAUUCGGGUGUACUCCUCACGAAACUAGGUUUCCGCCUCUAAAAUGGUCGCCGAAAAGGGUAAAAAAUCCAAGCCUGCCGACAAAGUCGAGGACGACGAAGCUGACCACGUUGACGUCGAGCUCGUCCAUUAUAUCGAGAAGUUACAGGAGGUUCAAGACGAACUCGAGAAGGUUAAUGAAGAAGCAGGUGACAAAGUUUUGGAAGUUGAACAGAAAUAUAAUGAGAUAAGGCGGCCUGUUUAUGUGAAACGGAAUGAGAUUAUCAAAACUAUUCCGGACUUCUGGUUAACUGCCUUCUUGAGUCAUCCUGCACUUUGUGAUCUUUUGUCCGAAGAAGAUCAGAAGAUCUUUAGGCAUUUAUAUUCUCUUGAAGUGGAGGAUCAGAAGGAUGUAAAGAUGGGGUAUUCCAUCAUAUUUAAUUUCAACGAGAAUCCUUAUUUUGAAGAUAGAAAGCUAGAGAAGACAUAUACGUUCUUUGAAGAUGGAGCAAUCAAAAUUACUGGAACAACAAUCCUGUGGAAGGAUGGCUUGGGUGCAUCAAAUGGAGUUAACAGUGAGAAGAAAGGGAAGAAGCGACCCUUGGCCGAAGACAGCUUCUUCAGUUGGUUUGGUGAAACCGAACAAAAAGAUAUCAUGGAGCUUCAUGAUGAAGUAGCUGAGAUAAUUAAAGAGGACCUGUGGCCCAAUCCUUUGAAAUAUUUCAACAACGAUAUUGAUGAAGAUGAAGAGGAGUCUGAUGGAGAAGAUGAGGAGGAGGAAAACGGAGACGAAGACGAUGAUGAUGGCGAAGAGUGAACCGUAAAGGACAACCCUUGUUAGACACACCCCUUUAGGUACCCUCCUUUUUUCCCCCUUAUUCCUGUUAGACACACCCCCUAGGCACCCUCCUUUUUUCCCCAUUGUUCCUGUUAACCUAGGAUAUCAAUUUUUCCAAUCUGGGAUACUUGUUAAUGCAUGGUUGUCAUAUUUAUACAUCAAUGUGCUAUUUUACCUUCUAGGCUA